AUGUCAAAAGCCUCGACGCAUUCAUGGUCCCAGUCCCUGACGCUACCAGAAUACGCUGUAAAUUUAACACGCGAGAUUAACUCAAAGCGACAAACAAAAUCCUCGACACAACAAAUUCGAAAACACUGGUCAACUUUAGAAAUGAUUAAUGGGUGUCCCAAUUUUGCAAUUGAUUUCAAUUUUGAAGAUGAGAUUAUAGACAUUAUUCAAUUUCAUCAGAUAGUAGCACUUGUCACCAAAACAUCAGUUUACAUCUACCACCUGUAUACUUUAUUACCAUUGACGAGCCAUACUAGAUCGUCUACUUCUAUAGAGACAAAUGGUGUCAAUCUCAGAGCGAAAAAGAAACUAAUAUACAAUGCAAGCAGAGGCAGACAGUCAAAACUCAACUUGUUUAUCCAGACUGACUUGAAUUACUUGGUGAUCUAUCAAAUCAGCGUUGAUUACUCGCAUGCAAUUUACGAAGUGCACAAUAAUAACCAUGAACUAAUACAAGCGGGAGUACCGAUGAAUUAUUCACUGGGUAAUUUUUCAUUCACCAAGUUUUUGCAAUCGGCAACUAAAUCGUUUAUGCAAGGAAACGACGAAGAUGUGUCCCCGAAAUUGGAAAAUGUCGAGAGUAUAAAUAAUAAUUCCAUUGACGAUGAAUUAGGUGGAUAUGAUAUUGAACCAGUCAAAUUAUCAGUUUACAAGGUUUUGCAAAUGGGACUGGGUGUUGGUAGGCAAGAAUUUUGGUUGCAACUGAACUCACAUGCGUUGUUCAUUUUCAAUUUUGCACAUGAGUCAAAUGAAGAAGUAGAAUCGGAUUAUUUUCAAGUUGUUGAUUUGUCUAAUUUCGAAACAAGACUUGUUGAUUUAUCAACUUUUUCAUGGUUCAAGAAUCCAGCAAAACGCAUUUUCUACAACCAGUAUGGCGACUACUUCUUGUUGAUCACUGAAGCGAGUGAGAUAAUUUAUAUCAAGUUUGAUAAUGAAGUUCACGCAUUUACUGUUGGGCUGGGAGACCUAAACGGUGUGAGUUUUAGCCCCACUUCGAAUUUGCUAAUCGGCGAAGAAGCAGAAAGGUGGAAGCUCUUUAGCCUCAAAGAUAAUAUAUUGGAGAAAUUGAAAACAUUGGGUGUCCCUCAAGGAAGAAUAAACUGGUCUAGUUGUGGUGGUUUCUUCACCCUAAUUGAAGAUUCCGGGAACUGGAAACUUUUGUCUCGAUUUGGCAAAGUUUUAUUUGAUACUCAUCAAACUAUAAAUGAAUUAAAUGGGAAGCAUGAUCACGCCGGUGGAUUCUUGAACGCAAGCACUAUUUUGAUUGGCGAAAACUCAAACACAUUGUAUGUCAUGUCACAGGACUCUUGCAAACUAUAUUUAGUCCCACUUUAUGGCAUUGUGAAUGAUGUUGUUUACGACCAAAAUUACAUAACUGUUAUUGAGAACCACCGAAAUUUUGUGCGGUUCCCCAUGUUGCCCAAAUUCAAACGACUUUUGCUACACCAUGAUAAUAUCAGUUCAAUCGAUAAUGCUCCAUCGCAACAAGGUGAAAUCAUAAUAUCGAAAAAUUACCUUGGCCAAUUGUCAAUCUCGUAUGGGGAUAAUCUAGCGGUAUCAACCCCAAUCAAAACAGGUGGGCAAACUAAUCAUAUAUUGUGGUUCAAUUGCAAAAUCCAUUUUGCCGAGCCAUUAAACAUUAUUGAUCAAUUUUGGUUUCAGGAUUAUCUUGUAGUAGUGAACAGAAGAACCCAUCAUGAUUUUGAAACUGCUGAAGGGGAUAAGGAACAGUUUGUUGACGAAGUAAUUGUAUUUGACACAUCGCAGACAAAAUAUGGCAUGAGUGGGGAAAAUAUUACAUUCAGCACUGAUUCUUUGCUUUGGAGGUAUGACUUUAAAUGCUCAUUUGUUGCCACUCAACUAAUUCAUGACAAAGACAUGUCCCAUAUUGUAAUCUUGACUGCUGACUCGCGAUUAGUGGUACUUGAUUUGGUUACCGAUAAAACAGUCAAUUUGGACUCACAGGCAAAGCAUUACCGUAUAUUUAUUUCCACAAACAAGACUGUGCAUUUAGCAUCACUUAAGCACAAGCUCAACUUGCAUGAAACAAGACAGAUCAGUAUGAUUGAUAAAAGGCAUUUCUUGUUUUUGUUACAAUCAGGCGAACUUUAUUUAUUGAAGAAUGUGACACGAUCCCCUUCAUUCAGCAAGACACCGGUUGAUGUUAUCAAACCUAGCAACAUGUACGAUUUAAUCAAGUUAAAUUCAAGUAUUGAAUUUUUCAAAUUCGUUAUAGUGCCAUUUCAAUCACCAGUACAGUUUGUCUACUUGUUCAAUGGAGAUCAAGUUUUAAUCUACGAUGUCAAUGAAGUGGUUGAAAAAGCCUGUAAUAAGUUGCAUGAAGGUCAAGAAGAUGUCUUUGAAUCGGACGAUGAGUCAGCGCUUGUGCCGAUAGCGAUUGAUGCUGAUGAUAUAUUACCCUUGGAGAUUGAAACCGACCAGAAGUCAAUAAAUUUGAUUGGAUUGGAAAAUUUGGCCCAGAGUUAUCAUCAUAAUGGAUUCAUCGUCAAGAACAAACUAGCACAUAAGUUGAUCUUGAACAACUUUAUUGAAUUUGAUUUGGUUCAUCGAGGUGAUUUGGAAAGCACAUUCAACAAGUAUAAAUCAUUUGCUAAUUUUCAGUUUUGUUUGGAAUUGCUCUUAUUUAAACUUUUAGUCGAAGAACAACAAUCAACCUUGACUUUGAAGCGACUUUUUCAAUUGAUUGAGUUUACCGAGAGCCCAGAGUCUGUCUACAUUAACUGUUUGAGAAAGAUUGAAGUUGCAUACUGGGGCAAGUUUUUCAAUACAUUGAAUACAACGCCAGUGAAGUUUAUGGAUCGAUUAAUUAAAUUGGAUAACGUUGAGCUAUGUUACAAUUACCUCAUUGUGUAUUUGAACUACAAGAAAGAAGGCGAGUCAGGGGAUAAUGAUGAUAGUGCCGAAACUACAUUCCAUACAAAUGGCAACUCUGAUCAAUUGAGUCAAGAUGAUAAGCAAAUUAUUGUCCAGAUUAUUAGAAUGCUUGCUGAAAGUGAAAAAUGGGAUUGGUGCUUUGAAUUGUGUAGAUUUAUCAAGAUCCUAGAACCAUCAGGACAGUUUUUACAGGAGAUUAAAGUCAACUUUGGAUAA